AACGUUAUUAUACAGGAGAAUAUCGACACAAACGACAACCAUCUUGUACUCUCGACGAAGAUGUCAGUUUGUUUUUAUCAGUUACUAAAUGUUACAUUCCAACUGGUUGACGAGAGUAGGUUUACUCAUGGAGGAGUCGUAUGAAGCAAUCAGCCUGGAACAUCUGAUAUCAUGAUACGUAAAAGGAAAGCUCUGAAUUUUGUUUGGAGGUAAACUAACUGAACACAUAAUGAGUUGGAUGUUUAAGCGUGAUAGUCCAUUGCGAUCUAGUCUUCGCAAAUAUUCCUUCACCUUGCCACCUAAGUUGCCAGAAGGAGCAUGCCUGGAAGUAUUUAGAACUCAUUGGCAACAGGCAUAUUCUAUCAUAGAAAGAAAUAGUGGAUCUUGGCAGCAAUACUUACCAACAGCAGAUGAUGUUACAAGUGUCAUUAAUAACUUGGAUCAAAUGAUUACUCUACUUUUACAAGAAGCGCAGCAAUCUACUGCGUGCUUAACAAAUGGGAGUUCUCAAGUUGAUCCUGAACCAACAGGUCCUCUUCUUAGUUUUUUAUUAAUGGAAGGGUGCUUGGACAAACUAUUUACUUGGUCUGUUCGUACAGGAGAAUUUGUAAAUAUUUUAAAAUUAGAGCAGCUGAAAUUUUAUGAGAUUUUAGUUACAAAUUGUCAUCAAGAUCUUCUUUUUCACAAACCAGUUGUACGUCCCUUGCUAAGGCUUCUAGCUUCUUGUGGUGAUUGUGUACCAGUAGAAGUUGAAAAAAGACUCAUCAUUUUAUUAAAUACCCUUUGUGUUUGUCUUACCCAAUUUCCUGACUUACUGCAAGUAUUUUUCGGAGCAAGUUCUGACCAUGGAUCAACAAGGUCAGAAAAACGAGACAUGUUUUUAAUUUUCUCUCUUCUAAUACCAUUUGUCCAUCGCGAAGGAGCAAUUGGACAACAGGCAAGAGAUGCAUUAUUGUUAUGCAUGGCUUUGUCCAGAAGGAAUGAAAGCAUAGGUGUCUAUAUAGCAGAACAUUCAAACUUUUGUCCUGUCUUGGCCACUGGUUUGAGUGGGCUUUAUUCCUUACUACCUAGAAAGUUACCUAAUGUUCCUGAAGACUGGCAUCAGUUUACCCCUGAAGAUAUAUCUGAAAUACCUGAACUUGCCAUGUUUUUAAAUUCAUUGGAAUUUUGCAAUGCAGUCAUUCAAGUAGCUCAUCCUUUGGUGCAAGAGCAGCUGAUGGAAUAUUUGUAUCAAGGGUUCCUUGUUCCUGUAUUAGGACCUGCUUUACAUCAGGAAGCUGUAGCAGUGCCUGUCGCCAGGCUUGAAAACACUACGAAGUAUUUGAAUACUGUUGAAGAGAUAGUUGCAACAACUGCUUAUCUGGAGUUAUUCUUAAGAACUAUUACUGAGCCAAUUCUACAGCAAAUGUUUUUAAAGUUUAUUUUGACAUCUUCUUAUGAUACACAUCGUGUUCUGAACUCUUUGAUUGAUCGAUUGGGAGCACAAAGCAGGCUUUGCCUUGUUACAAUGGCUUUGUUUCGCUGUAUGCUGGAUUUAAAUUGUGAAGAUGUGCUGUUUGAAUUGGUGUUCAGGUAUCUCAUACCAUGUACACAUGUUAUGGUAAGUCAAAGAAGCAGAGUAAGAGAUACAGACAUGUACAAUCAAGCUGCAGAAAAAUUUCUGUCUUUGAUACCUUCAUCUUCUGUGUUGCAUAGUAAUGAUUAUAGUAGCUCUCUUCCCACCAGCCAAAGCACUCCUUUAUCGAGUAUUCCAGGUUUUGAUAGUUUACAGAAUUUACCACCUAUGAGUCGUGGAGGUAGUCUACGAAUCAAACGUCACCAACGCUCACCGUCCACCAACAGCCUUGCUUUUGGAGAGCUCGACCGUUUGCAGUCUAAACAUGCAGUUAAUGGAACUGAAUGGUAUGUAAAUAUACCUGAUGCUCAUCCAUCCAGCUACAUGGACUAUCUAAGGGAAGCUCACAGAAAUGUGAAAUCGUGCACCCUUGCUUGCAGAUGUUGGUCUGCUACAUAUGAUGGAUUGGAUCCUCCACCCAAUGCUGUGAUUGUUUCAGAGUCCAAAGAAUCAGAGGCAUUUACUAGCAGUGAUUCAUCUGACAGAUUAAAACUUUCUAAUACUUAUGUAGAUAAUGAGCAGAAAAAGCAGUUAGACGCAACCCCUUUACUACAGAAGGCUAAUACUAGUAACUGUAAUUCUGAAAAUAGCGUGCUUGAGUUAUCCUCAGAGAAUCUGGCAGUUCUUCAAGACAGCUUCAAACAAAAUCAACAAGAUAGGCAGGUAACUUCUGAAAGGGUGUUAGAGAAAGAUAACUUUGUAAUUAAAACUCUUAACAAGCACAACGAAUUCAUUUCUAGUGAUAUCCUUCAACAGAUAGUUAAUGCUGAAGAUGAAAAAGUUUUUUGGAGCUUAGUUUGUUCUACAGAAACCCCAUCUUCCAUUGGAAGUGUGGAUGAUAGUUUGCAGACGAUUGAUGGUUAUUUUAAUGAUUUAGAAGUUGAUACUUCUGUGGAAGACAAAUUACAAGUUGGCUACACUGAAGUCAUGGACUCUAAAGACGAGUGUUCCAAUGCUGAUUCUGGGGUUUUUGAAUCUCGAGAUAGUUGUAUUUCAGAGAAGGACUCUGAUGUGGUGCCACAUUCUCUUCUCAGUGCCAAAUCUAGUGAGCAUAAAGAUAAUCUCUUUAUAUCUAUACCUUCAUAUUCUUCAAAGAGUGACCUGAAGCCUUGUUCAUCUUCUGUCUCAGAAACAAGUACUAAGAGUAGUAACAGUCCUGCCUCUCCUGGUAGUUGGGAGUCUUUUGGCACACCUAAUAUUGGUCCAUUUUUAAGUAUAAUUUUGACCAGGCUUGAAAUGAUGAUGCAAAAUGAUGUAUAUACUAAUUUACAUUUAACUGGGAUAAUAUCAAGAUUGGCAUGCUAUCCUCAGGCUCUUCUACGGUCGUUUCUCCUAAAUCCUUCCUUAGUUUUCCAACCAACGGUCCGAUCUUUAUUUCAGGUUUUGGGUUCUCUAAAACAAAAGGUAGAUAGUUAUUCAUACACAGUUGAUAAUUAUGAAGAAUUGGUUCAUCAAAGCAAACAGUUUCUUUUUUCUCGAGUUCAAAACAUGGCAAAGCCUUUUACAACUCGUGUAUAUUCAGAUUCAGUAUCUCGAGUCCAUUCUGCAUCAUUUUCAGGAUUUCAACGAGGUGAACCCCGAAGAAGAAGCUUAACAAGCUUUCUUUUCCGUAAAAGUAGUUUUCUAAGGAAUCGAGAUAAUUUUAGUAAAGAACCUAUGCUGGAAUCCAUUUCUGAUGGCCAAGGAUAUAGAUAUGUGAGUAAACCUACUCCAUAUUCAUUAGAAGGCGAAAUGGAAUCAGUUAAAGCAAAAAAUGCCAUUUUUUGUGCUGUAGUUUUAGAAGAAUUCCUUAAGGAAUUAGCUGCAAUCGCUCAAGAACACUCAAUUAUUCAAUUAAACCCAGACUUCUGGGAUGACAUUGAUACUCCCUGGGAAUAGUUAUAUAGAUGUUUAUAGUAGAAAGUGUAAUAUAUAAGUGCAUAAGUACAAUGCAUGUCUGAAUUUGCUUUCAAAUGUUAUUGGAAAAAAGUCUUUCAAAAUUUCUUCUUGAGAGAAAUGAUUAUUUUAUUGUUUAUGAAAAUUUAAAAUAUAAAAGUAUAGAGUCUAAAAUUCAUUUAUGCAAAUGUUGAUCUCCAUUUGUAAAGGUUUUUCUUAUUGUUGUAAAGUAAAAUGUUCGUACUUGAUUUAAAUUGUAAAGAUAAUUUAAAGAUUUCUGUUGUAAAAUUUUAUCUGUGAUUAUAUUUCAUGUCAGUAUAUGCUGUAUUGUAAAAUGUGUUUUGAGCAGAGUACUUUAAUUAAUUCUACAAAAAUUACUUUAAAAUUGUCUUUAUUCAUCCAAAUACAGAAAUUUAGCAAAAGAAAAAAAAAAAAAAUGUUUUGAAGAAAAAUUGUUAAAAGAUUCUUUUAAUUAUGUAGUAGUUUGAAAUAUAUCUCACUUGUAUUUUAUGCAAACCUUAAUUUUUUAUAAUGCAUGUAUAUAAUUUACUUUCAGUGAGCUAAAUAACAUUUUUACAUUUAUAGCUUUGAUAGUUUAUUUCAAAUUAAGGAAACUUAAUUAAUCUUUUGGAAAAAUUGUAUACACAAGCCAUAUAAUUUUUUCUAAAAAAUUAAUUCUAUUGUUUGACCAAUUCUUGAAAAUAAAUGUUAUAAAAUUGAAUUUCCAAAUAUUUUCCCUUUUAUAAAUUUGUAGUGAUAAUAUCAUGAAAUUAUUAGUAUGAUAAUUUCAAAAAUAAGAAAUCUUUUUAGUUUAUUGAAAAGCUAUAAAGCAUGACUAUCUAUUUUUUUCUUUUUAACUAUCAUUUUUUGUUGUAAGCAUUGGAAAAUGCAUUUUUUUUUUCUUUUUUACCAAGAGUACAUUUGAAUCUAUUUUUUCAAUGAUUUGUCAUUAAAUUUUUGUUAUAAUUUAUAACAUGUGAUGUAAUUUAAAAAACUAGUAUAGUUUAUUAAAAUGAAAAGAACCCCCCACCCCUUCAUUUUAUGCACGAUUUUGCUUUUGUUAAACUUAUUAUUAUUUUUUAAAUAUUAUCUACCUCCAACUUUGUUAUUUUACAAUUUAAAAGCAGUUUAAUCCCCCCCCCUAAUGCAAAGUGCGGAGUAUAUAUAUAUAUAUAUAUGUUACAAAAUCAAAAAUGUAGUUUACUGCUGACAAAAACUUUUAUGAAUUAUUUAAAAUAACAAAUAUUGUUUUCCUUUUUUCAGUACAAUGAUCUCAUAUUAAUCAAAAGUUUUUUUUAUUUCAUUUCUUGAAUUGCUUUAGAAUAUUUUAUAUAUCAAAUUCCAUUUGACUUAUUUAUAAGCCGCACAGUUUAUAUAUAUAUAUGCAUAUUAAUUAUGCAAAAAAUUAAAAUCUAUUUACUUAGAUAUUUGCAAUGGUGUUGGUAACAAAACUUAAUAUAAUAGUUUGCAUAUUUUGUAAGCUUUCUUUUUAAAAAUUAACCUUGCUGAUAAAAUUUUUAUUUUUAUUUAUACAUUAGAUAUCUUAUUAAAAUUUAAAAAUAUUUAUUGGAAAUAUUACUUAAUUGAUGCUAAAAAGAAUUUCCAAGAGUGAUGUUAAGUUAUGGAUAAAUAUGUAAAAAAUGCAAUAUGCAAAUGUUAAAUACAUUUAGACAUUUGAAUAUAGAAUAAUCUAUUCAGCCCGUAGUGCGAAAUUAGUGAUUUGUAAAUAUGUUGAAUUUUUUAUAGUAAAUGUAUAUAUAAUUUAUUUUCAAUGUUGCUUUGAAUAAUUAAAUGCUAUUUAUUCUGAUUUUAAGAUGGUAGUUUCUAAACAAGCAAAUAUACUUCAAUCUUUUUAAAGAUAACUUUCUAUUUUUGAAAUUCACAAUAUCGAAAUAAUUAUAUUUUUUAAAAUUUAAUGAAUCAAUUUAUUUAAUCUCUUUCACUAAAAUUGGUGGUUGAUGAAUAAAAUGUAUCUGAUUUUAUAUGCAAUUUAAUGAUGUGCAGUGCUCAUGUGAAAAUUUUAUUUUGGAAGAAGAAAUUUUGCUUUAUUAUGGGAAUAUUAUCUUAAAAAUAUUUUAUUUCUUUUAUUAAAAAUCAAUCAUAAAUUUGAAAUUCUCUACAGAUGCAAUGUUUGAUUAAGCAAUACAUAGUGUGUAAAAAGUGAAAUGUUGUAUAUAUGAUUCUGCCUGCAAUAUUAUAAGCAGGGGUGUUUGUGCUCCGGGGAAACCCCGGAAUUCCGGGGAUUUUGAACUUCGAUACCCGGAAAUUCCGGGGAUCGUCGUUCAAAAGGAAGUAGGAAUAAUAAUGAAUUAUUUAUUUUGAUCUGGGUAAUUUUGUUUGCUUUGAAAGCAGAAAACGCAAGGUCAGUGUGUGUGGUGAAAACUUUUCCUUUCUUUCUCCAAAGGCAGUGAUAAUGCGUGAAAAGGGGGAAAAACUUCUUUUUUGUUCUUUCCUUAUUGCGAGUUAUGACUCAUUCCCCCGGUUCUCGGACAUUCUCUUCUGGAUUCUUUUCGGCAAGUAGGCGCGGCAGAAAAAAAGGGAGAGACUUCGUUCGACCAGAUGUGCGAUCACGUGACCUGGGUUCAAAAGUCUUAAUUUUGCAAAAAAAGUAAUUCAUUGAACUUUUAUAAUUAGGUCAUUCAAUACUUCAUAAUCGUAAUUUUUCAUUUCUCCCCCCCCCCUUCUCGAAACUCCAAAAUGUCGGUAGUAAGUCCGUAAAAGUUUCCGGGGAUUUUUUGGGGUCCCACAAACACCCCUGUAUAAGUGUGGUGUAAUAUAAAUUUAAUUAAUUUAAACUAUUUAUUUUCUUUUGUAAUUUAUAAGGAAUUAUUGUUACAUUUUAUUGUUUUAAUGACUUAAAAUAUUAAUUAUGAAAAAAAUUUCAAAGAUCUGUAGAAACUUUUAUUAAAUUUAUAAAUUGGAAACUAUUUAAAAAAUGUCUUUAAAUUAAAUAAAAUAAUAAAGUUUUAAUAUUAUUAGUUUAAUAGCAUAUGGAUUGCCUUGAAUACAAUUUUAUCUUGAUUUUAUUCUUUUAUAAUGUAACAUUUUUUUUUCUUCUCCUUUACCUUUGAUGAGUAGCAUUCUCCUGUUUUUUUUUAAACUUAAAUAUAAAAUUUAGAUUGUUUCUAGUACAAAUUUUAAAAACCAUUUGUAUUACUAAUUUAAACUAAUCCCUUCAUAUAACCUUUUAUAUAUGAAUAUAUUUUACUCUAUCAAUCAUCUUGAUCUUCACUACAUGUUAUGUUUUACACUAUAACUUUCAUACUAAAGUUUCUUUAGAGUAAAGAGUUCUGCUCAUAUUUUCAUCUCUGAAUUCUCAUUUGUUUUUUCUUAAUUAUAAUAAUUAACUUUUGUUUAUAUUAAUCUAUUUAGUUUUUGUUCAGUGAUCUUUGUUUCUCAGAUGCGUUUUUCUUUCACAUUUUUUUUUAUUACAAUAUAAUAAUUAGAGGUUGUGAUUUUGUUUAAUUGGGUAUUUUUUUUGUUAGAUUGCAUAGAACUUCAGUUUUUAUGCAGUGCGAUACUCAAAUUAGGUUUAGCUAUUUUCUGUAGUUAUGAAUGAUUUUGUUAAGAUUUAUUGCACAAUGUGAUAUUAUAAUGAAAGCAGCAAGCUGUGCUAAUGCAUUUCAUUUCAAAUUCUUUAAUGUGUGAUUAUUUGCUGGUAUUUUACUUUUAUAUGACUUUGCUAUAAGCAAGUCAUCUGUGAUUCCAAUUUUAUAAAAUGUAUAUUGUAUUUAAUUGUAAAAUAAACAAAUGGAAAUAUGAAACAUUUGGGCCUGAUUGACCCUUAAAUGUGUUUUAUGUGUAAAUAUUUCAAUCUUAGAGAGACAGGCAGCUGAAAUCAAUAUUGUUUAGAGAAAUAAAAUUAUAUUAAAUUGUA